UUCCGAAUUUAUUAUUUGCUUAUUUGUUUUGAAUAAAGUAUUUGCAUUAGGUUUAGUCUUAUCAAAAGUUCUCCAGCAAACAAGCAUAGAUCUCAAAGAAGCUAUGUCAUUGGCACAAAACACAAAACAAGAACUUACAGAGAUAAGAUUGAAUGCUGAAAAAGAAUUUGGAAACAUUUUUGAACGUGUAAAAUCACUGGCUAAGAAAAUUGACAUUGCGAUAAACAUACCAAGAAUAUCAAAAAGACAAACCAACAGAUGUAACAUUCAAACAAACAAUCCAGAAAUAUUUUAUCGAGUAUCAGUAUUUAUUCCGUACAUAGACAAAUUCAUUAAUGAAUUGGAAGAAAGAUUUACAAAUCACCAAAGUACAUUGACAAGCUUCCAUUCCUUAUUUAAAGAAAGUGGUUAUGAAGAAGAUUUUAUAUUUCUUACAAAACAGUAUAGCGAAGAUCUAGAAGAUAUUGGAAAUUGUGAUGAGGUAUUCAAAAAUGAGUUCAAACUUUGGCAACGAAAACUUAAAUGUCUAUCAGAAACGGAUAAACCAAAAAAUGCAAUGGACGCUAUUUACAUUUGUAAUGAAGCCAUGUACCCAAAUAUUUUUAAGUUAGUUAAAAUAUUAGCAACUUUACCAGUUUCUUCUGCCACUAAUGAAAGGACAUUCUCAACUCUCAAGAGAAUAAAAACUUACCGACGCAACUCUACUUCUGAGGGAAGACUUAAUGGUCUAGCUAUGCUCUCGAUCAACAAAAAUGAUUCAAUUACUCCUGAUGAAGUGCUGGUUGAACUAUCCAAUAAAAAAAGGAGAUUAGAAUUUUUAUUAUAA